AGAAGGAGAAGAAGAUUUGAUAUUUGAUGGACUUGUAGUUCGUGUCGUGCUGGGGGUACUGUAUUUAAUUUUGAAAAAUGUCUAACGAAGUUAAUAUUUUAUUUUAUAGCAAUUUAAAAAUAAUCUGUGAAUGUGGUCAUCAUUGGGUUUCUUUGUAAAAAAGAAAAAGUGAACAGAGAUCUCAGUUAAAGUGAACUUAAAAACUUGUAAAUUCUUUACCAGACAUUAAAAUUAAUUUACCAUGUUCACUUGUUUGAAACUAUUGCGGACGAUAUAUAGUCUGCCAUAUAAAAGUCGUAAUCACACAAUAUUGAGUGGAUACAGAUAUUUUUACUGCAGUUCAAUAACAAGAAUUAAAAUGUAUAUGGAAUAUGAAAACCAACAUGCUUAUAAUAUUAUGGAAAAUAAGGGCUAUGUGACCAAAAUAAAUCUUGAAGAAAUUAUGGACGCAUCUCUAUCAUCAGAAAACUUUAAUAAGAUUCUAAAUGACAACUGGAAUAAUAAAUCACCUUCAGAAAUAUAUCAUGCAUUUUCGCUUUUGGGAAUAUACAGUUCUAAAAAUGCAAUGUGUAUUUCUAAUGAAAUUUUUGAUUCAUUCAUUGAUAACUUAACAGAUAACAUAUCAUUUGCAACAGAUGAGGAAUUGAAAACAUUAUUUUAUUCUUUACUGAAGUGGCCAGAAACUGCCUCUGUCCGUACCCGUAAUUACAUAGAAGUUUGGGUUGCAUUAGAUGAUGAAUGCCUAAAUAGGUUAAAAAGAUGGACAUUGGAUGAAAUGUUACAAUUUUUGGGUUUAUUUUACAUGUUGAAUGUUACUAAAGCUAGUGAUUUUUCACUAAAAGCCUUACAAAAGUUGACUUCAAAGUCAAAACAACUGUCUCCUUGUCAGUUAGUACAAACAAUGUUUUAUAUUGGGAUAAUGCGUAAAGCACCAUUUGACAUGCAUAAUUUGGAACUACAUUUAGAACAGCUGUUUCCAGAAUUCACAGUAGAUGAAUUAGCAAUAAUGGCAAUGGGUUUCUUCAAGAGUAAAACACCAAUCCGAAAUACUGAUUUAACCACAAAAAUUAUUUAUAAAGUUAUUGAGAAUUCUAAAGACAUUCAUGAAGUUUCUUUGGCUUCUUUACUAAAAGUUAUUCGUUACUCUUUGAAAGUGAGUAAUGAUAAUAUAAUAUACAAAAUGUUGGACAAAUUACAAUAUGAAAUCCCUAGAUUGUCUGUUAUGUGUAAUGUUCAUCUGGUCUUGGUUGGUAUGGCAACUUUAACAUUACAUAGACAAUGCUUAGAAAGUAUAGCAGAAUCAACUGUGAGAUCAAUUACUAAAACACGAAUUAAAGAUUUAGAGAGAUUAGUACUCACAUUUGGUACAUUUAAUUUGGUCCCUAACAUUAAAGAAAAUUUCUUUGAAAUCAUAUUGGAAGAACUGAGGAAACCUGAACGGAUACCUGAAAUUGAAAAACAUGGGAGAUCAUUUGCGUGUUGUAUAUCAUUUCUAGGUUAUUUAGGAAUUUAUCCUGUAGAUUUAAUGAAUAAGGUCCUCAGCCCAGACUUUUUGCUAAAUACUUAUGGUAAACAACCAAUGACCUAUGGACGGGAAGUUUUAGUAAUUCAUAACACAGCUAAAUUAUUCUGUUCCGAAUCUAAAAUGAGUCUCCUCAGUGAUAAACAAGCAACAAUCCUUGCCAGAAAGUAUACAGAUUAUGUGCCUUCUGAAAAUCCAAAAAAACAAUUUAAUAUGAGCGAAAGAAUAAUGUUAGAUGUCAUGAGUGCACUUAAGCAGUGUAGAGGUGGUGAGGAAUAUGUUGUUGCAGGACAUAUACUGACACAUCACCAAAGAGGAGGUAAACCUAAACCUUAUUACCACAAAAAAGUUGAACAGCUAAAAAGUUAGUUAGUUUAAGAAAAACACAAGUUUAAGAAAACAUUACACAAAAGGACAAUGGGCAAAAAUGUAUGGACGCUGCACCCACGUCCGCCAUGGCUUAAACUACAUUUAUUUGAAAGAUAUAAUUAUUUGUAAUGAUAGUAAUGGGUUGCCAGUUAAAGUUAAGGAGCUAUUUCAUAAUACUCCAUUUGGUUUAAUGCAAAAACCUCCAGACCACAAUAGCUGGGUUGUUCUUAUAAUGGCUGGCAAAAAUGCUAUAAUCCAUAACUCUAAUGUACCAACUGGUCCUACUACAACCAAAGUGAAGGAAGUCAAAGCCCUGGGCUUUUCUGCUAAUUUGGUAUUUUCAUCAAAAUACAAUAUGUUGGACUCAAGUGAAGCAAAGGCGGAUUAUCUAAACAAUUUAAUUAAUGAGGCUAUAAGUAAUAAGAAUAAGUAAAAAAAAUAAGCAAAAAUAAACAAUUAUUUUCACUUGAUUCUAUCCUAUGCAUGCAACAAUGGGUAUAGGUAGCAGCAAACUUCUUGAACAA